UUUUCAGAAUAUUCGAAUCUGGGAGAAGGGAGAUUUCAUGUUAAACCAGAAUGAGCAAAUUGGUUUAAAAUAGGACAUCCACUAUAACAGAUGAGCAAAAUCGCUUAUGCAUUUUUUGCCAAUUCUCCCGACCCGCACAUGAAGAUAUGCAACAAUUCGAAUUAUUUCCGGCGAUGCUCAUUUAUUUUCCUCGCCUAUCGUACGCAUAAAAAUUGAACUGGAUCGGACGAGGAUUGUCACCCCGAUCGGUGCCUCUCUGCUAUGUCUCCCCCGGAUCGGUCGAUUGGACAGCCAUAGAGCGCAGCGAGUGAUCACCUUAGCAUGACUCAGGCGAUCAUGGAGAAAUUUGAAAUUGUCUGCAGCGGGUUCAUUUUUAAUGUGGGUGCUCAAUCGUUAACUUAUUUGAGGCUAAAGAUUGUAAUGUGAACAUUUUUUUUCGAUCAAGCAAUAUUUAUACAAUUUUCACACUCGAGAAUACAAGAGCAAUCCGCCUGCAACGUGACUGAUUCGUUUUCGUAUCAAACGGAUACCUCCAAAUCAUACAGCAGUAAAUAUUAAGCCACCCUACUAGGUCCACCAGGCACUUCCAGCUGACGGGCGCACGGGUGAAGGGAAGCGAAGAUGAGCUCGCUUUCUUUUCGCGCCCGAUGGGCUGCCGCUUGAUCCGCAAUCGCACAGUUCACCGCACUCAGAAUCAGCGAAUGUGGUUUAGUAGCCGUUGGCCACGCGCCGAGAUUAGAUCGAACUUGAAGAAGAUCCGCGUGUUUAGUAAAUACACCGUUAAACAGCGCGGACCGAAGAAAAGGUUGCCGUUGACCUACCAGCAGCGUUGGCAGUGAUAAAACCGAUCCCGUGAAGUGAAGAUAAGGGAAAAAUGGUCUAAGCUGAUUGUAAAGACCCGAUUUUUGAAUGUUUCCAGUUGUUCUAGUCGUGGUUUUCGUAGCGGAACCAAUCGUGCUCAAGCAGGCGAAAGUGUGACAAAAAUACAAUUAUUAUUGUGAAUUAUUGAUCCGUUAAAGCGAACGAAAGUUAAAAAGAAUUACAGAAAUCGAAAAUGAAGCCUCUAGGUUUAAUGCAUCUGUUGGUUAUUUGCAUCCUGACCGGGAUGAUCAAUGCAAAAACGACCUAUGACACCCAUACCCAACCCGCGCCACGACAGCAACCCACCCAACGCAAUCCAUUUCUUCAAUGGUUAGCGAGUUUAAUUGGAACCACUACAACAACCCAAGCCCCACCCCUGAAUCCGCCAAACAACUGUACCGAAUGUAAAUGCGGACGAAUCAACCAGGCAACGCGAAUAGUGGGCGGAACGGAAACUCGCGUCAACCAGUACCCGUGGAUGGCCAUACUCCAGUACGGUGGUACGUUCUACUGUGGCGGUUCGUUGAUUUCCGACCGCCACGUGCUAACUGCGGCUCAUUGCGUACACGGAUUUAAUCCGGCCAAGAUCAGUGUCGUACUGCUGGAACACGAUCGUUCGAAUACGAUGGAAGCUAGAACCAUUACCAGUAAGGUGGAGCGUGUGAUCAAACACAACGGAUACAAUCCGAGCAACUACAACAGUGACAUCGCGAUUCUGAAGCUGGAUCAGAUGCUGAAGUUCGACGAAAGGUUGCGACCCGUUUGUUUACCUACGGCGAAGAAAUCAUUCACUGGAUAUGAUGGAAUCGUGACAGGUUGGGGAGCUACUGCGGAGAAUGGCGCGAUAUCUGUUACCUUGCAGGAGGUUAUUGUGCCGAUCAUGUCCAAUACCGAUUGUCGGAAGAGUGGUUACGGUGAGAAGCGGAUAACAGAUAAUAUGCUUUGUGCGGGAUUCCCUGAAGGGAACAAGGACUCGUGCCAGGGUGAUAGUGGGGGACCACUACAUGUGAUGAACAAGGAAAAGACAAUGGAAAACAUAUAUCAAAAUGCUGGCAUUGUCUCUUGGGGUGAAGGAUGCGCUAAACCAAACUAUCCGGGAGUGUAUACAAGGGUGAAUCGAUUCCGGACCUGGAUAAUGGCCAAUACAGUUGAUGGGUGUUUCUGUUCCGAGGACUAUCCGAACUACACACCUGGAACUGUUGGAGCUUGGUGGCUGAUUAAUCAUGCUAUAACUCAUUACAUUUCAUCGAGAUAUGAACAGAUAAAUCAUCACAUCCACAUGCUUAGCUUCCGCACGAAUCUUUUCUUUUCCUUACAGGUAAUCCAAGAACCAGAGGAAGCAGUCCCAGCAAAUAAAGGAAACCCCUUUCUGGAAUGGCUGGAGGUACUAACCGGAAUUCAACGACCAGGGCCUCCUCUAAAACCAGCUGAGAAUUGCACCGAGUGCAAAUGCGGCCGUACCAACCAGGUUAACCGCAUCGUCGGUGGAAUGGAAACCCGAGUAAAUCAGUAUCCCUGGAUGGCGAUCCUCAAGUAUGGUGAUUCUUUCUACUGCGGCGGUACACUGAUUUCGGAUCGGCACGUCAUGACCGCAGCGCAUUGUGUUCACGGAUUCAACAAGCAAAGGAUUAGUGUCACCCUGCUGGAUCAUGAUCGGUCCUCAAGCACGGAGACGGAAACCAUCACGUCCAAGGUGGAUAAGAUCUACAAACACAGUGGCUAUAGCCCUUUCAACUAUGACAAUGACAUCGCUAUACUGCGGCUGGAAACCAUUAUGCAGAUGAACGACAAACUGCGUCCGGUGUGCCAACCCAGCUCCGGCGAAUCUUUCGCUGGAUAUGAUGGUAUCGUGACCGGUUGGGGAACGACCACGCAAGGCGGUGAUGUUUCACCUACCCUGCAAGAAGUGUCCGUGCCGAUUCUGUCCAACGAAGAAUGCAGAAAAUCAGCUUACGGCGAAAAACGUAUCACCGAUAAUAUGCUGUGUGCUGCCGUUCCUGAGGGAGGAAUGGAUUCCUGCCAAGGGGACAGUGGUGGACCGCUGCAUAUCAUCAGCAAAGAGAUGGAAUCGGAGAGUAUCCACCAGCUGGCGGGUGUAGUUUCCUGGGGUGAGGGCUGUGCCAAACCGGAUCAUCCGGGGGUGUAUACCCGGGUUAAUCGAUACGAGGGAUGGAUACGGAACAAUACUAUUGAUGGGUGUUACUGUACCCAGUAGGAUUGGAAUGGUCGAAAAAGUAAGCACCCUAAUAAAAAUAAAUUAUACACGAACUUUAACACAUAUAGUGCAACGGUUCCACAUAUUGUUUGGAUGAUACCCUGAACAGGUCGUUAGGCUCUUGAAUCAUACGACGUUUACUGGGACAUCUCUUCGACGAAACUUGUGUUCAAUAAAUUUUAGAAAAUGCGGCUGGAUAGAAUUUUGUUUAGCGAGUCGGUCGAUAUCAUUUAUGCACGCAUUUAAAAACCACUAACUUGUUAACAAAAUCGAUCAACUAAAGUACUGACAUUUUAAUGUUAGAAUGUUAUAUUUAGAUUAGGUAUAAGCGAACACUUAACCAUUCCUCAAAAUCUAAUCAUUGAGAGGCAAUGUGCAAUAUUUUACUGUUAUUCACUUAUUCAUGUCUACAUCCU